GCCAUCGUGUGGAGACCCGGGGACGAGUCGGACGACUGGUGUUCGAAUGAGCGAUCAACAAUUAAUCAACUCCUCCAUCGCGCUCUUCUUCUCGCUCGCUACUCCUCCCCGAUGGCCGCUGCGUGCUUCCACGGCCAUCUUUCAUGUGCCUCUUCUCCCGCUUCCUCAAAUCCUGGCCUGGUCCUCUCCAGAAAGUACAAGCCGUGGCCUGCCUCCACAUUUCACUUAAUCGUCGGCCAGGAACUCGUCACAAGGUGGGGGUUCCAGAUAAAAUCAUCCAAUGGGUACCCUCCCAAUGUGGUCUCCUCCCAAAAAGAAGAACAGUAUACUGAACACUUUAAAGUUGAACAAGAAUUGGAGAGUACAGUAAGCAUUACAGUUGUUGGAGCUUCAGGAGAUCUUGCCAAGAAGAAAAUUUUUCCUGCACUCUUUGCUCUGUUUUAUGAAGAUUGUAUUCCACAGCACUUCACAAUCUUUGGCUAUGCUCGAACUCGACUAACUGAUGAAGAAAUGAGGAAUAUGAUCAGCAAAACUCUGGCUUGCAGAAUUGAUAAAAGGGCAAACUGCAGUGAUAAGAUGGAACAGUUUUUGCAGAGGUGCUUCUACCAUUCAGGAGAGUAUGGCCUGGAGGAAAAUUUCUCAGAGCUAGAUAGAAAACUUAAAGAACAAGAGGUGGGUAGGUUAGCAAAUCGGUUGUUUUACCUUUCAAUUCCACCAAACAUAUUUGUUGAUGUCGUGAGAUGUGCUAGCCGUUCUGCAUCUUCCCCGACUGGAUGGACCAGAGUAAUAGUUGAAAAGCCCUUUGGUCGUGACUCCCAAUCUUCAGCGGAAUUGACACAGUCUCUAAAGCAAUAUUUAACCGAGGACCAAAUAUUCAGAAUUGAUCAUUAUUUGGGAAAGGAGCUUGUCGAAAAUCUUUCAGUUCUUCGAUUCUCCAAUCUAGUCUUUGAGCCUUUAUGGUCACGGCAGUUCAUUAGGAAUGUGCAACUCAUAUUCUCAGAGGAUUUUGGAACAGAGGGUCGAGGCGGAUACUUCGAUAACUAUGGGAUCAUUCGUGACAUAAUGCAGAAUCAUCUUCUACAAAUACUGGCUUUAUUUGCCAUGGAAACUCCUGUCAGCUUAGCUGCAGAGGAUAUCCGAAAUGAAAAGGUAAAAGUUCUAAGGUCGAUGAGGGUUCUACAGCUUGAUGAUGUGGUGGUUGGACAGUACAAGGGUCACACGAAGGGCGGAAGAUCAUAUCCCGCAUACGUAGAUGAUCCGACAGUACCAAAAGGGAGCCUCACUCCAACAUUUGCAGCGGCAGCUCUGUUCAUCGAUAAUGCUAGAUGGGACGGUGUCCCAUUCUUGAUGAAAGCCGGAAAAGCCUUGCAUACUGGGCGUGCAGAGAUUAGAGUUCAGUUCAGGCAUGUUCCUGGCAAUUUAUACAAGAGAAAUUUUGGAUCCGACCUGGAUAAAGCGACUAAUGAGCUUGUGAUUCGCGUGCAACCUGAUGAAGCUAUAUAUUUAAAGAUAAACAAUAAGGUUCCUGGCUUAAACAUGAGAUUGGAUCGUAGCAAUCUGAAUCUGCUAUAUGCGGCGAGGUACCCCAUAGAAAUUCCUGAUGCAUACGAGAGGCUGCUUAUGGAUGCGAUAGAAGGGGAGCGACGGCUCUUUAUCAGAAGCGAUGAACUCGAUGCGGCAUGGGCCAUCUUUACACCGGUGCUCAAGGAAUUGGAGGAGAAGAGGAUCGCACCGGAGCUUUAUCCAUAUGGCAGUAGAGGACCAGUUGGAGCAUACUAUCUUGCCGCCAAGCAUAACGUGCGAUGGGGAGAUCUUAGCAGCGAUAAUAACUCCUAGAUCCACUUAAAUGUCGACUAAAACUUUGAACAAAACAUGUCCAAAGGGAGUUUUCUCCACAAUGUCACUCGAUUUGUGGAUGAACUCGAAUAUUGUAUCCUUCUUGUGGAAGUAUACGAAUACUUAAUGAUACGGCGAGUAAGUUGGGACCUC